AGACUCUACUAGACUAAUGCUAACAGUUGGCCAACCAACUUCUAUUUAUAAAUACGAACCAAACCACACAUGACAGACUAAACAGGCACACAGUUCGGUCUUUUUAGGUUACCUCUGUGACAUUUGUGUUGUUAGUUGCGGCUGACACCGAGAAACGAAAAGGAAAAAAGAAGGGAGGAAGCGCAGAUGGGUAGCUCAGGUUUCUCAUGGAAAUUGGCGGAUCAUCCAAAGCUCCCUAAGGGGAAGACUGUGGCUGUGGUGGUGUUGGAUGGUUGGGGAGAGGCCAACCCCAACGAGUACAACUGCAUCGCUACCGCUGAGACACCCUGCAUGGAUUCUCUUAAAAAGGGUGCCCCUGAAAAAUGGAGAUUGGUUAGGGCUCACGGUACCGCUGUAGGCCUUCCAACAGAAGAUGACAUGGGCAAUAGUGAAGUUGGUCACAAUGCCCUUGGAGCUGGUCGCAUAUUUGCUCAGGGUGCCAAGCUUGUCGACCUUGCUCUGGCCUCUGGAAAAAUUUUUGAAGGAGAAGGUUUCAAUUACAUAAAGGAAAGUUUUGCAAAUGGCACAUUGCAUCUCAUUGGGUUACUGAGUGACGGUGGAGUUCACUCCAGACUUGAUCAGUUGCAGUUGUUGCUUAAAGGAGUUGGUGAGCGAGGUGUUAAAAGAGUCCGUGUCCAUAUUCUUACAGAUGGCCGUGAUGUUUUGGAUGGCUCAAGUAUAGGGUUUGUCGAAACCCUUGAAAAUGAUCUUGCAAAAUUGCGGGAGAAGGGAAUUGAUGCUAAGAUAGCAUCAGGUGGAGGUCGUAUGAAUGUCACAAUGGACCGCUAUGAGAAUGAUUGGAAUGUUGUGAAACGAGGAUGGGAUGCUCAAGUUCUUGGUGAAGCCCCUCAUAAGUUUAAAAGUGCUCUUGAAGCUGUUAAGACGCUGAGGGCAGAACCAAAGGCCAAUGACCAGUAUCUGCCUCCUUUUGUUAUUGUUGAUGACAAUGGGAAACCUGUUGGUCCAAUAGUCGAUGGUGAUGCUGUUGUUACAUUCAAUUUCCGGGCGGAUCGUAUGGUCAUGAUUGCAAAGUCUCUUGAAUAUGAAAAUUUUGACAAAUUUGAUAGAGUUCGUGUUCCUAAAAUCCGGUAUGCUGGAAUGCUUGAAUAUGAUGGUGAACUGAAACUUCCAAGACAUUACCUUGUUUCUCCGCCCGAGAUUGAUAGGACUUCUGGUGAAUAUUUGGUGAAAAAUGGUAUUCGGACUUUUGCUUGCAGUGAGACUGUUAAAUUUGGUCACGUCACAUUCUUCUGGAAUGGAAACCGGUCUGGGUAUUUUAAUGCAGACUUGGAGGAAUAUGUGGAAAUUCCUAGUGACUCUGGUAUUACAUUCAAUGAACAACCAAAAAUGAAGGCAUUGCAAAUUGCUGAAAAGGCUAGGGAUGCUAUUCUUAGCAAGAAAUUUGAUCAGGUACGUGUCAACCUGCCAAACGGUGACAUGGUGGGGCAUACCGGUGACAUCGAAGCAACAGUUGUGGCUUGCAAGGCUGCUGAUGAGGCUGUGAAGAUUAUUCUUGAUGCAAUAGAGCAAGUGGGUGGAAUCUAUGUUGUCACAGCUGACCAUGGAAAUGCAGAGGAUAUGGUGAAGAGGGAUAAAUCUGGAAAGCCACUUCUAAGCAAGGAGGGAAAAAUCCAGAUUCUUACUUCUCAUACUCUUGAGCCUGUGCCAAUUGCUAUUGGAGGUCCUGGAUUGAUCCCUGGUGCCAGAUUCCGCAAUGAUGUUCCAUCAGGUGGAUUGGCCAACGUUGCUGCAACUGUGAUGAAUCUUCAUGGAUUUGAGGCUCCCAGCGACUAUGAGACAACUCUCAUAGAAGUAGCAGAUAAAUAGGAACAACCAAUGGAAGAGUUAGUAUAUUUUGCAAAAAUACAGGGAAUGCUGUUGAUUAUACAGCUCAAAUAAUUGAAAGUUUUCUUCCCUCCACAUACAUCAUAUGUGAGCUGGUUUUGUUCUUUUCAAGAGUUUCCAUUUUCAGUCUGCAGAUGACAGCACAGUACCAACUAAUUAUUGCCAUUUUGACACUUAUUGUGCUGAAUUACAUUUGAAUCAGGAAUUUUGCUUGGUCGUAUCUCUAUAUAAUGCUUUUAAUUAGCAAUA